GAAAAAGCACGUGGCAACGAUCGCGGACGCCUAGCAAAUGCAUGGACGGUGGGGAUGUUGAGGGAUGACAAAAGAAAGUAAUCGGAUCCGAUCGAAAGUAAAAUCAUAAGAGUCAGUCUUAGAAAGUCACGCCUAGAGUUCGGAAGUAAAUUGUAAAGUGUAUUGAUGUUAGAAAAAAAAUAAAGUUUUCUUUUUUUAUUUUUUACCUCAAAUUCCUUUUUUUAUUUUGUUAUUUUACGUGACAUUUUGGCGAUCCUGCCAGGAUAGUGAAAAGUGUUUGUUCGGAAACCAAAAGACAUUCAUCAUCUACGGAAGAUCGAAUUAUUUGGGACUACGGUCAUCCGCAACAACAAAGUAACUAUCACGAACCAAGUGAAAUAACAAUAAAAGGUAAACUGAAUUUCUUUGUACGUUACCGUGAAAGAAAAUUUAGCUUCAGUAGCCAAGACUCGUCUUCGUCUGAAAAUUAUAAAUCAGCGCAAUAAUGUCUAAGGCAAACGAAUCUCAAACUUCAACCUCAACUGACCCAAUGUUGCGAGCAAUAUGGGACAUUAUUCAAAAACAGAACGAGAACAUUGCCCUUUUACGAGAGGAAAUGUUACGUUUGUCUAUGCAAAAUGACGAAGAGAACAGACACAGGGCAGCAGAAAUCGAGAAUCUCGGGAAAACCGUCGCAGCGCUACGGACUGGGUUCGGAUCCCCUGCGACCGAUGAAUUUGUUUCCAUUAUCACCGAAGACAAUGAAAGUGCGUCGACAGCAAUCAAUCGCACCGUGAAUAUGGCAAAAGCACGCAAACUGUCAGAGUUAGCAGCUCCAGACACCCCACCUGUCCACCUCGACAUCGAACAACCCGAGGUGGAAGAAAGAGGCUAUUUUCCGCCCGCUCCUCCCACUCUACGAGCUAAGGAUGCAAUACGCUACAUCCCAACGCUCAACGGAGAUGAUGAUGUAGGAGUUGAAGACUUCAUCAAAGAAGUGAGAAGUAUGAAGGAUCGCUGUAUGGAGCAAGAUCUAUUGCUAAAAGCAAUAAAAGUGGAAAAAAUCGUGGGGAAAGCAGCCCAAAGUAUUCGCAACAUUCCUAUUGAGUAUUACGGUGAUCUGUACGACGCACUGAGAAAUAACUUAGCAGCACAAGUGACUUCGGAUGAGUACCAAGAACAAUUACGAGAGUUGAGACGGGGACGCGAGGAAUCAAUGCAAAGUUUUAAUAUUCGGUUUAGAAGAAUACUCAACCGUUUGCUGUACGCAGUAACCAAUGAGUACCCACAACCACUAACACGUAAAAUUAUGACUGAAGAAAUCACGAAGAAGACUGUUCGUGUGUACCUAAAGGGACUCAGACGCGACAUAGGGCGAAUACUAUUAAGCAGUGAACCCUUAAAUCUUCCGGAAGCUGAAAAAAAGGCAGCCGAUGUAGAACGCUACUUGCGAGAAGAACGACAACCUAAUUGGUCAUGUAAUCGCUUACCUUCGGUUAGUAAUCGCCCCGACAACCAGCAUAUGCAGAAAAUAGAUCACCUGCUGAACGCGCGCAGAUGAAGUGCUUCAAGUGCGGAAAGCUGGGACACAUUGCCAACAAGUGUCAAAAUUUUCUACCAGCGCGAUCGACCACCCGCAAGGAUUCAGGCAGUCCAGGAAUGGGACGAAAUACAAGAA